AUGGAGUGUGGAAAGAGCUUCAGUUUUAAUAGUUCUCUUAGUGUUCAUCAAAGGAUCCACACAGGAGAGAAGCCAUACAAAUGCAUGGAGUGUGGAAAGAGCUUCAGUUUUAAUAGUUCUCUUAGUGUUCAUCAAAGGAUCCACACAGGAGAGAAGCCAUACAAAUGCAUGGAGUGUGGAAAGAGCUUCAGUUUUAAUAGUUCUCUUAGUGUUCAUCAAAGGAUCCACACAGGGGUGAAGCCAUUUAAAUGCAUGGAGUGUGGAAAGAGCUUCUGUAAAAAGAGUUAUCUUACUGUUCAUCAAAGGAUCCACACAGGAGAGAAACCGUAUAAAUGCAUGGAGUGUGGAAAGAUCUUCCGUGAAAACUCAUCUCUUACUCUUCAUAAAAGGAUCCACACAGGGGAGAAGCCAUAUAUAUGCAUGGAGUGUGGGAAGGCCUUCAGGCGACACAGUACGUUUAAUUCCCAUAAACGGAUCCACACAGGAGAGAAGCCAUAUAGGUGCACAGAGUGUGGAAAGAGUUUCACUAACAGCUGUUCCCUCACAUCUCAUAGAAGGAUCCACACAGGAGCGAAGCCAUACAAAUGCAUGGAGUGUGGAAAGAGCUUCCGUGAAAACAGUUAUCUUACUGUUCAUCAAAGGAUACACACAGGGGAGAAGCCAUAUAAAUGCAUGGAGUGUGGGAAGGCCUUCAAUGAAAAUGGGUCCCUUACAUCUCAUAAAAGGAUCCACACAGGGGAGAAGCCAUAUAAAUGCAUGGAGUGUGGGAAGGCCUUCAGGCAACAGAGUAAGUUGACUUCCCAUAAAAGGACCCACACAGGAGAGAAGCCAUGGAAGUGCAUAGAGUGCGGAAAAAGUUUUGCUAACGGCCGUUACCUCACAUCUCAUAGAUGUAUCUACGCAGGAGAGAAGCCACAUAAAUGCAUGGAGUGUGGAAAGAGCUUCUGUCAAAAGAGUUCUCUUACUGUUCAUGAAAGGAUCCACGCAGGAGAGAAACCGUAUAAAUGCAUGGAGUGUGGAAAGAGCUUCCGUGAAAAUUCUUCUCUUACUCUUCAUAAACGGAUCCAUACAGGAGAGAAGCCAUAUAAAUGCAUGGAGUGUGGGAAGGGCUUCAGCCAACACAGUAACCUAAUUUCCCAUAAAUGGAUCCACACAGGAGGGAAGCCAUAUCAGUGCACAGAGUGUAGGAAAAAGUUCAGUACGAGCUCUUCCCUCACAUCUCAUAGAAGGAUCCACACAGGAGAGAAGCCAUAUAAAUGCAUGGAGUGUGGAAAGAGCUUCUGUGAAAACUCCUCUUUUACACUUCAUAAAAGGAUCCACACAGGAGAGAAGCCAUAUAAGUGCACAGAGUGUGGAAAGAGUUUCACUAGCAGCUCUUCCCUCACAUCUCAUAGAAGGAUCCACACAGGAGAGAAGCCAUACAAAUGCAUGGAGUGUGGAAAGAGCUUCUGUGAAAACUCCUCUUUUACACUUCAUAAAAGGAUCCACACAGGAGAGAAGCCAUAUAAGUGCACAGAGUGUGGAAAGAGUUUCACUAGCAGCUCUUCCCUCACUGUUCAUAAAAGGAUCCACACAGGAGAGAAGCCAUACAAAUGCAGGGAGUGUGGAAAGAGCUUCAGUUUAAAUAGUUCUCUUAGUGUUCAUCAACGGAUCCACACAGGGGAGAACCCAUAUAAAUGCAUGGAGUGUGGAAAGAGCUUCUGUAAAACCAGUUCUCUUACUGUUCAUCAAAGGAUCCACACAGGGGAGAAGCCAUAUAAAUGCAUGGAGUGUGGAAAGAGCUUCUGUAAAACCAGUUCUCUUACUGUUCAUCAAAGGAUCCACACAGGGGAGAAGCCAUAUAAAUGCAUGGAGUGUGGGAAGGCCUUCAGGCAACAGAGUAAGUUGACUUCCCAUAAAUGGAUCCACACUGGAGAGAAGCCAUAUAAGUGCACAGAGUGCGGAAAAAGUUUUACUGACAGCCGUUACCUCACAUCUCAUGGAUGUAUCCAUGCAGGAGAGAAGCCACAUAAAUGCAUGGAGUGUGGAAAGAGCUUCUGUAAAAACAGUUCUCUUACUGUUCAUAAAAGGAUCCACACAGGAGAGAAGCCAUAUAAAUGCAUGGAGUGUGGAAAGAGCUUCUGUAAAAACAGUUCUCUUACUGUUCAUAAAAGGAUCCACACAGGAGAGAAGCCAUAUAAAUGCAUGGAGUGUGGAAAGAGCUUCUGUAAAAACAGUUCUCUUACUGUUCAUAAAAGGAUCCACACAGGAGAGAAGCCAUAUAAAUGCAUGGAGUGUGGAAAGAGCUUCUGUAAAAACAGUUCUCUUACUGUUCAUAAAAGGAUCCACACAGGAGAGAAGCCAUAUAAAUGCAUGGAGUGUGGGAAGAGCUUCAUUAAAAACCAUUCUCUUACUGUUCAUAAAAGGAUCCACACAGGAGAGAAGCCACAUAAGUGCAUGGAGUGUGGAAAGAGCUUCUGUGAAAAUUCGGCUCUUACUCUUCAUAAAAGGAUCCACACAGGGGAGAAGCCAUAUAAGUGCAUGGAGUGUGGGAAGUCCUUUAGGCAACAUAGUAACCUAAGUACCCAUAAACGGAUCCACACCGGAGAGAAGCCAUAUAAGUGCACAGAGUGUGGAAAAAGUUUCAGUGAGGGCUGUUCCCUCACAUCUCAUAGAAGGAUCCACACAGGAGAGAACCUAUACAAAUGUAUGGAGUGUGGAAAGAGCUUCUGUGGAAAUAGUUCUCUUACUGUUCACCAAAGGAUCCACACAGGAGAGAAGCCAUACAAAUGCAUGGAGUGUGGAAAGAGCUUCCGUGAAAAUUCGGCUCUUACUCUUCAUAAAAGGAUCCACACAGGGGAGAAGCCGUAUCAAUGCAUGGAGUGUGGGAAGGGCUUCAGCCAACACAGUAACCUCAGUUCCCAUAAACAGAUGCACACAGGAGGGAAGCCGUAUAAGUGCAUAGAGUGCGGAAAAAGUUUCACUAAGAGCUCUUCCCUCACAUCUCAUAGAAGGAUCCACACAGGAAAGGACCCAUACAAAUGCAUGGAGUGUGGAAAGAGCUUCAGUUUUAAUAGUUCUCUAACUAUUCAUCAAAGGAUCCACACGGGGGAGAAGCCAUAUAAAUGCAUGGAGUGUGGAAAGAGCUUCCGUGAAAACAGUUCUCUAACUAUUCAUCAAAGGAUCCACACGGGGGAGAAGCCAUAUAAAUGCAUGGAGUGUGGAAAGAGCUUCAGUUUUAAUAGUUCUCUAACUAUUCAUCAAAGGAUCCACACGGGGGAGAAGCCGUAUCAAUGCAUGGAGUGUGGGAAGGCCUUCAGGCAACACAGUAAGCUUACUUCCCAUAAAAGGGUCCACACAGGAGAGAAGCCAUAUAAGUGCAUAGAGUGUGGAAAAAGUUUUACUAAGAGUGGGACCCUUAGAACUCAUAAAAGGAUCCCCACAGGAGAGAAGCCAUAUAAAUGCCUGGAGUGUGGAAAGACCUUUACUAAUAGUAGUAAAUUUACUUUCCAUAAAAGGAUUCACACAGGGGAGAAGCCAUUUAAGUGCUUGCAGUGUGGAAAAAGUUUCAGUGAGAGACGUUCCCUUACUUCCCAUAAAAGGAUCCACACAGGGGAGAAGCCAUAUAAAUGCAUGGAGUGUGGAAAAGCCUUUACUUAUAGCAGUCAUCUUACUUCCCAUAGCAGGAUCCACACAGGGGAGAAGCCAUAUAAAUGCAUGGAGUGUGGAAAAGCCUUUACUUAUAGCAGUCAUCUUACUUCCCAUAGCAGGAUCCACACAGGGGAGAAGCCAUAUAAAUGCAUGGAGUGUGGAAAAGCCUUUACUUAUAGCAGUCAUCUUACUUCCCAUAGCAGGAUCCACACAGGGGAGAAGCCAUAUAAAUGCAUGGAGUGUGGAAAAACCUUUACUUAUAGCAGUCAGCUUAAUUCUCAUAAAAGGAUCCACGCAGGGGAGAAGCCAUAUACAUGUCUGGAGUGUGGAAAGACCUUUACUUACAGCAGUCAACUUACUCGCCAUAAAAGAAUCCACACAGGAGAGAAGCCAUAUAAAUGCAUGGAGUGUGGAAAAACCUUUAUUCAGAGUAUUCAGCUUACUUCCCAUAACUGGAUCCACACAGGGGAGAAGCCAUAUAAGUGUAUAGAGUGUGGAAAGGGCUUCAGUCAAAGAAGUUACUUUACUUCCCAUAAAAGAAUCCACACAGGGGAGAAACCAUAUAAAUGCAUGGAGUGUGAAAAGGGCUUCCGUGACAAUGCAUCCCUUAUGAGACAUAAAAGGAUCCACACAGGGGAGAAGCCAUAUAAAUGCAUGGAAUGUGGAAAGACCUUUAUUCAGAGCAGUCAACUUACUCGCCAUAAAAGGAUCCACACAGGGGAGAAACCGUAUCAAUGCAUGGAGUGUGGGAAGGGCUUCAGCCAACACAGUAAUCUUUCUUCCCAUAAAAGGAUCCACACAGGGGAGAAGCCAUUUAAAUGCAUCAAGUGUGGAAAGAGCUUCAGGAGGAGCAAUGGCCUAAUUUCCCAUACACAGACCCAUUUGGGUGAGAAUCCAUGUUAAUUCUAGAUUUAAUUGGUUUAAUCUAUGCAUUUCCUAUUUACAUAUACUAACUAGAAAAGGAAGUGUGGAAUUGACCCUCACAGCUGGUAGCCCCAGAGAGAUGAAUUUAGCAAUGAAAACAAAAGCUAUGAGACAUGCCUUUUUAAUUAUGAACUGUAGAUUUGAAGGCCCUGUCAUUUGAAGGUGGGCAAUAAGAGAAAAACUAAGUGUAUGUUUAUUCCAGUUUCCAGUUGGGGUCAAUUCCAAGAAAAUGGCCAUUUUAGGCAUCUCGGAUUCUGGGCUAUGCAAUUUUAUGAAUACCUUGUCUUUAUUUUGUUUUUACAAGUGAGGUUCCUGGUCUCCAGGUGUUUGUUCCUGCCAUUUCAUCAUGGUUCUGGGAGGGAUGUGAACAGGCAGACAUUUGACAGGUGAUGCUCCCCCAAGCAGCCAAAGAGCUGCAUCUCCCUGAUGCAUCUCUUCAAGACAAAGCUUUAUUAGUGUUUCUUCCGCUAUCACAGACACGCAGAUAGAAAUUCAACUCAUCCAAUCACUUCGCAGAGUUUAAACUUUCCUUCUUUUGCCUCGUGUUCUUACAGUUGUUUCCCCCUCCCAUUCUCAUUGCUUAAUAGCUUCACAGUUUAUCAGAGGACCCUACACUUCUCUGUCCUCAAAAAAAAAAUUGGAAAUGGUGCAGCAGAGAGAUUCUGGGGUCUGAAGCAAUGUUAUAAUCCAAAGGGAACUCAAGUUCCAUCAAAGUAUACAGAGUGAGGUGGAAUGUGAUAUUGAAUUGCCCCAUUGAAUAAUUGUGAUAUUGAAUUAAAAGUGACAGCUAACCGGAUUUGUGCUUUCAUGACUUUCUUCCUUUCUUCCUUUCUUCCUUUCUUCCUUUCUUCCUUUCUUCCUUUCUUCCUUUCUUUUUGUUUCAAGUUAGGGAUGCUCAGGAGAAUGAGAUUGAAAAUGAUUCCAACGUGCUGACAUUGUAAACAAUCAAGCAGUAGGGGAGACAUUUGGAAGUCA